GCGAUCUUCCCUUUCGCCUAGAUCCGGUCUUUCUCCCUUCUCUCUCCUCCCAUUUCCCCCUCAGCUCCGACGAUGCCCUAGCCCCGUCGCCCCGCCGGAGUUCCACCCGCACGGCCUCUCGCCACCGGAGUUCCGCCAGGCUCGCCCCUCCUCGUUUGCUGCGGCCACUUAUUAUCAUUUUUUAUUACCUUCCUCUGCUAACUACUGAACUACAAUCGUCCGAUUCCUCCGAUCGAUAGAUAAUCUAGCUACAUUGCUCAAUAUCGUACGCGGGCGGAAACUCUUGCUUUUCGAGGCUCAGACAGUUCCGUGUUGGAGCUAGGGUUUCUCGUCGAAGAGGCAUCGUGAUCAGCAUUCCCAUUUUAGAGGAGUAGAGCAGUAAAUGGAGAUAAAGGAUUCCGUUACUGAUAUUCCAAUUCAGGACCCUCCAGGAGAUGUAUUUUCUGCUGCCGACCUGACAUGGACGAAGUUUGGAAGCACGGAACACCAUGUUGAUGAUGUCGCCCUCAUUCCUUACACUCGAGUUGAGGCUUUUAUAAGCGGCGAAAGUUCAAACGCAGAGUGUCCUACUCGUUUUCACAUUGAAAGGGGAAGGAAAAGAGAGAAGGGAAGCUUGAAGGAAUUUAAAAGUGAUGAAUAUCUCCUAUACAGGCUUUACUGGUGUUCAUUUGGUCCCGAGAACUAUGGAGAGGGAGGGAACAUCUUGCCGAGCCGAAGAUACAGACUCAACACAAGAAAUCGUGCCGCUCGGCCGCAGUCUAUGCGUGGUUGCACUUGCCACUUUGCUAUCAAGCGCUUGUACGCCCGUCCCUCAGUUGCACUCAUCAUAUACCAUGAAAGGCGCCACAUUAACAAGUCUGGCUUUAUAUGCCAUGGUCCUCUAGAUAGAGAUGCCAUUGGCCCAGGUGCCAAGAAGGUCCCAUACAUAUGCAGUGAAAUUCAGCAGCAAACUAUAUCGAUGAUUUAUCUCGGAAUCCCUGAGGAGAAUAUAUUGCAGACACAUAUAGAAGGCGUGCAAAGGUAUUGUGGCUCGAAUGCGAGGGUAGAUAGUCUUGCUUCUCAAUAUGUCCAAAAGCUUGGAAUGAUUAUAAAGAGGUCUACUCAUGAAUUGGAUCUAGAUGACCAGGCUAGCAUUCGGAUGUGGGUUGAGAGGAAUAAGAAAUCAGUGUUUUUCUACCAAGAUUCAACAGAGACUGACCCUUUUAUCCUAGGAAUCCAAACAGAGUGGCAGUUGCAGCAGAUGCUUCGUUUUGGACACCAAAGUAUUCUGGCAUGUGACUCAACUUUCGGUAUAAGCAAGCUGAAGUAUCCACUUUACACGCUACUUGUUUUCGAUUCAAGACAACAUGCUCUUCCUGUUGCGUGGGUCAUUACUCGAACUAUUGUUAAGAAGGAUGUUGCUAAAUGGAUGCAAACACUUGCAGAUAGGAUUCAUGCAGUUGAUUUGAGUUGGAGAGUUUGUGGGUUUAUAAUUGAUGACCCAACUUUAGAGCUUGACCCCAUCAGGGAUGUAUUUUGUUGCCCUAUUCUAUUCUCUUUAUGGCGUAUUCGUAGGUCAUGGCUAAAGAAUGUAAUUAAGAGAUGCACCAACAAUGAAAUUCAACGUGAAAUAUUUCAACGUCUGGGCAAAAUUAUCUACAGCUUUUGGAGUGAAGUGGAUGCAAUGGGUGGUGUAGAGGAGUUAAUUCAAGAUUUUGUAGACCAGACUACCUUCAUGCAGUAUUUUAAGGCAUUCUGGGUUCCCAAAAUUGAGAUGUGGCUUGAAACUCUGAAGAGUCUUCCCCUAGCCAGCCAGGAGUCCUGUGGUGCUAUUGAAGGAUACCAUCUAAAGCUUAAGACCAAAAUCUACGAUGACUCCAAUCUUGGUGCCCUAAAACGCGUCGAUUGGUUAGUUCAUAAGCUCACAACCGAGAUCCACUCGGGUUAUUGGCUUGAUCUCUUUGCCGAUGAGAGCGGGUCAUUCCCAACAGUAAAAGAGGAGUACAUUUCUUCCACGUCCUGGCAUCGAGCACUACAAAUUCCUGAUGAUGCCGUACGUUUUGAUAAUGAAAAUUGUCUUUUCGCAGAAGUUGUCAGCCAGAAGGAUUGUACUCAAACACACAAAGUAUGGAAUCCGGGAUGUGAAUUCUCUCUCUGUAAUUGUUCUUGGUCGAUGCAGGGAAACCUUUGCAAACAUGUCAUAAAGGUUAACAUGCUUUGCCAAGGUAUGGAGGAAUUUCCUCCUCCUCUUUCGUACCAGUCAUUUCGACGAAUUUUACUUGAUCUCUGGAGGCGACCAUUGGAUGACUCAAUCUCACUUGAUCAAUUGGUGGCAUGGGCUACCCAAACGCAGGAGAGGAUUCAAACACUAACUGAGCUUGCUAUUUCCGGUGAUAUUGCAAAAGUUGCAAAGAAUUUGCCACUGAAAUGGUUUUGUAAGAAAGGGAGAACAUUUAACGGUAGACCAGCUGGUGGUAGUGCUCUUGUGCUUGUUCAAUCUGGCAGCAGUGGAAAGAGAAGCGUUACGAAGAAGAAGAAUCGAAAGAGGAAGAGGCUGUCGAGGAUAAAGGGUUCAUGAUUAGUUGGUUUGGCUGAAUAGAAGGUUAUAUUCAGCAAAUAAUAAUAUUACCCAAAUCUCGGGGGGCGAGCAAUAUGGAAAUGCUAUCAUCGUAUCCAUAAAAGAGAAGAAGAUAAUUUCACUGUGCCGACAAUGACUAUUUUGGAAUAGUUUAUUCCGUGUUCCUGCAAGAAAGAUAUUGCAUUGUUCAUUUGGGCAUGCUGAAACUAAUACAGUAAGGUGUGAAGAUGUUUUCAGAAAUCUUGUUAUUUGUGAAACCAUAUACAGUAAGGUAUGAAGCGGUUUUUUUAUUUCGCAAAUUUAUAUGGUUCGCUUUGUU